CCCCCGCCAUGGCGGAGGAGCGGGCCCCCCAGCUGGUGGACUACUUCGUGGUAGCCGGCUUGGUGGGCACCUUCCAGCCGCUGGAGGACGAGAGCCAGGCGCCCCGCCCCGCCCGGCCGAGCGAGCCCAUCGUGGACGUGGCGGUCAUCGUCCGCUCGCAAGGCGAGGAGGUGCCCCAUGGCUUCACCUGCAUCGACCGUACCACCUCGGGGCACCCCGUGGAACUCAACACCAGCCUGCUCAGCAACCCCCAGAUGUUCAUCUGCUACCGGCGGGGGCGGGAUAAGCCCUCGAUCGUGGAACUUGGGGUGCAUUACGGUGGGAAGGACCAGCCCAAACCGGGCUACAAAAUCAUCGACACCACGCCCUACAGCCACUCGGCAAACCUGGCCUCGGGAGCGCCCGGGCACCAGCACACUUUCCUGACGUACCGGCGGGCCAGCGAGGGCCAGGCAUACAGCGCCUUGGGCAUCACGGACAUCUGCCUGAUCAUGCCGAGCAAAGGCGAGAGCACGCCGCACACCUUCUGCCGCGUGGACCGGAACCUCAACGCCGGCAUGUGGGGCCCAGCCCUCUACAUCUGCUACAAGAUGGCUCUGGCUAAAGGAAACACCCUGGUGUACGAAGCAGGCCUCCUCAGCCGCUACCCGGAGGAAGACAACGAGGCUUUCCCGCUUCCCGAGUCGGUCCCCGUUUUCUGCCUACCCAUGGGGGCCACCAUCGAGAGCUGGCCAGCCGACACCAAGUACCAGCUACCCGUGUUCUCCACCUUUGUGCUGACGGGCGCUUCGGGGGACAAGGUUUACGGGGCUGCCAUGCAGUUCUACGAGCCGUUUCCCCGGGAGCGCCUCACUGACCGGCAGUCCAUGUCCCUCAACCUGCUGACCGUGGUGGACCGCCGCCCCAUCACCAGCAAGUCCGUGCAGACCCGCAAGAGCAUCUGCGUGUUGUCCCACUGGCCGUUCUUCGACGUCUUCCGCAAAUUCCUCACUUUCCUCUACCGCUACAGCAUCUCGGGGCCCCACGUGUUGCCCCUCGAGGCGCACGUGUCUCAUUUCAUGCACAACGUCCCCUUCCCGUCUCCGCAGAGGCCUCGGAUCCUGGUCCAGAUGUCCCCCUACGACAACCUGCUGCUGUGCCAACCCGUGUCGUCACCGUUACCUCUCAGCGGGGCCAGCUUUCUCACCCUGCUACAGACACUGGGCUCCGAGCACACGGUGGCCCUCCUGGUGGCCGUGCUGACCGAGCAGAAGCUCCUUAUCCAUUCCCUCCGGCCGGACGUCUUGACCAGCAUCGGGGAAGCCUUGGUCUCGAUGAUUUUCCCCUUGCGUUGGCAAUGCCCGUAUAUCCCCCUCUGUCCACUUACCCUGGCCGAUGUGCUGUGCGCCCCGGUGCCCUUCAUCGUGGGGGUCCACUCCAGUUACUUCGACAUCUACGACCCUCCGCACGACGUCAUCUGCGUCGACCUUGACACGAACACCAUCUUCCAGUGUGAGGAGCGGAAGCCGUUGUCGACCCGCGCUCUGCCCCGGAAACCGUGCAAAGUGUUGCUGGCGUCAUUAAACUCCCAGUACCACCAGCUGGAUGAGAUGUACAACCGGCCGGUGGAAGAAGCCUCGCUGGAGUUUCUGCUGACCGACUACGACGUCAUCUACGGGCGCCGGAAACAGCUGGAGCUGGACAUCCGAGGGGCCCUCCUCCGAUUCAUGGCUUGUCUGCUGAAGGGCUACCGCAGCUACCUCCGGCCCAUCACGCAGGCGCCUUCGGAGAAGACCCGCGAUUCCAGCAGUCUUUUCUUCCUGCAAGGCUUCCUGAAGUCACGCGAUCGAGCCUACCACAAAUUCUACGGGCAGCUUUUACGCACGCAGCUCUUCACACAAUUCAUCGAGGAAUGCUCCUUUGUCAGCGACCGGCAUGCUUGCUUAGAGUUUUUUGAUUCCUGCGUUGACAAGGUGCAGGUGGAUUUAGAGAAACCAGAGGAAGCUCCUCUGAUUGAACUGGACGACACGCACGGCAGCGAGCACACCGUCUUCAUCAUGCCCCCCGAAGAACCCACGGGGCCCAACGGCUUGGAACUGCCACCCCGUUACCAAUAUGAUGGCUUCCCAAUGCUCCAGACCAAGCUCUUUCAGCGGCCCCAGGACCAGCUCAUGCCCUCACUCUGCCAAGCCCGAAGCAGCGCCCCCAGCAGCCCCGCCCCUCGCCGGACCCAGCAGGAAAUCAAGGUCGCUCAGAAAGUAGCACAGAAGUAUUCUUCGGUGCCGGACAUGUGGGCCAAGUGCCUGCUGGGUCACUGCUACGCUCUGUGGUUUAUCACGCUGCCCGCUUACGUCCGCAUGGCGACAUCGAAGGUGCAGGCCCUGCAAAUCGCGUACGAGGCACUCAAGCAGAUGGAGACCAAAGAGGUGGUCUUACCAGACGAGGUGUGCUAUCGCAUCCUGAUGCAGCUCUGCGGGCAAUACGGGGAACCGAUACUGUCCGUGCAAGUCAUGCUGGAAAUGAAGCGGGCCGGGAUCGUCCCCAACACCAUCACCUACGGCUAUUAUAACAAGGCCAUCCUGGAGUGCAAGUGGCCGUCCAGUAGCCAAGGGGGGCGUCUUCGCUGGGCCAAGCUUCGCAACGUCGUCCUGGGGGCCGCCCAGUUCCGGCAGCCCCUGCGCCAGCGCCAGCGGGAGGCGGAAUCACGGAGCCUCAGCCCUCCAACAGACGGCAGAGGGGCCAAGCCCCCCAAAUCCCAGCCCCGCACCGGCCUUCAGCGGCAGACAACCUGGUCUGGGAGCAGCUUGAGUGAGAACCUGCAACCCGCUUCUCUCGCAAAGAGUGGCAGCUUGACUUUUCCGCACCAGGAAACGCCAGCAGGCGCAAUCGCGGCAAAAACACUGGGUAGUCCCAGAUCCGAAAGCACCAACACGCUAUCCACUCUCCCUCCCUGGCUGCGCGGUGGACGGGACGGGCCCGGAAGCUCGGAGGACAGCAGUCUUUCAGACAUCACCAGUUUCUUGACGGACGAGAGCGACAGGAUAACCGUGAGCAGCGUGGAGACCGGACAUCCCGAGGGAACGAUGCCGGGGCCGGGCCAGGCUGCUGAAAACCGUCGCCUGGGGAGCACCCCCCGCCGGAGUCUGACAGCCAAGCUUCAGCAGUUUCUGUCCCCCAUCAAGCGGCCUUCUCUGAGACAGGGGGCUGGCGGGGAGAUCUCCCACGGGCGCGGCGGGUCCGAGCACCGAGAACACGCCUCUCGCCAGAGUCCGCUUGACGGUCACUUGCUGCUCCCGCCGGAACGUCCCAGAUCCACAGCCUCAGAGAGUUCUGCCUCGCUGGGCAGCGAGUACGAUCUCUCGGAUACUUCCCUGUGCAGUUUCAACCUCCGUAAAUCCAGCGAUCGUCUCUUGGAGCCUCCGGCAGUUGAGGUGCUGCUUUCCAGCUGCUCGCGCUGCCAGGCUUGCAACUCGCUGGUGUACGACGAAGAGGUGAUGGCGGGGUGGAGUUCGGACGACUCCAACCUGAACACCACCUGCCCCUUCUGUGGGCGCCCCUUCGUGCCCUUCCUCAGCAUCGAGAUCCAAGAUUUCCAGAUUGUUUCGCUCAGCAUGGCUGAUGCUUCUGACACCAGUUCGGUCUCCUCUGAUUGGCCCCGGGACAAUGAAGCACCCGUCCCAGGGGGUCAGGGCCCGGUGCUCAGCGAUCGGUCCCAGUGCCUCCUCCUGGACGAGGCCGAGUCAGAUCCACGGCGGAAAUCCAGGAAUGGGUCUCUGUGCAACGGCUUCAGUGAAUCCCCGGUGCCUCAGGGUCCUGCCCCCCACGUGGAACAGCUGGCUUUCGCCUACCUCAGCCCCUUGGUCCUGCGCAAGGAGCUGGAGACCCUGCUGGAGAACGAGGGGGCCGUGUUCUUGUCUCAGCCGGAGCUGGUGGACAACCAUCCCAUAAUAUACUGGAACCUGGUGUGGUAUUUCCAGCGGCUGGGCCUGUGCAGCGGCCUGCCCCAGCUGCUCCUGGCUUCCAAGCACGUCCAGCCGGGCUCCCAGGGGCCGACGCAGGAGGGGCCCCCCGUCAACGUGCGCUUGCUCUGGGAUGUGCUGAGCCCCGACCCGGACAGCUUCCCCCCCCUCUAUGUCCUCUGGAGGCUGCACGGUGAGUGCGAGAGCCCCGGAAAAGCCCCCGGGGCCGACACAAAGCAGGAACCGCGGCGCCGAAGCGUCGGGUGGGAGGCGCCGUCAGGAGUCCGAGAAUGCCGGGCUCGGAAGGGAUCUCGGAGGUCCGCUAGUCCAACCCCCUGCCCAGUGCAGCGGUGCCCCAAAGGUUUUUAAAAACCCAGGCAGCCCUCACCAGGGUUGAGUUUCCAGGCAAGAGGGGCACCCCCUUACUCAUGAGGAGACCAGAUUUGCAGCGUCUCUGGAGCCGGGAGGCUGAGAAGGGGAGCAGAGAGAGGCGGGUGUGUUUCCAAAGGGUUCCCCCCCCACCAACACCCCCUCGUUCCCAAACCUUCUCAGAUUGGAUCUCCCUGUAGUAUUUUAAGCUGGCCCCAGGGAAAUCACGCUCCCGUGGUUAAAAACACAAACUUACAAGGAAAAGAUGUCUUUAUUCCCACCUUCCCAGCCUGAUUUUUUUUCAUUGCCUGUUAAUUUGCUGCCGUUCUCCUCCUCCUCCUCCUCCACCUUCUUCUUCUUCC